AUGGCUUCGAACGCGGAAAUAUCAAUCCCGUCGACAACGGUCUCAUCCACUCCGAACCCUUACACGAUAUAUAAUAUUUCAAUCCGACUACCCCUCCGGCCGUUGACAGUCGAAAAACGAUAUUCAGAUUUCCGGAAGUUCCAUGACUUGCUUAUAAGCCAAGUAGAGCAACCUCCUCCAGCGCCGUUGCCUAAGAAAUCCUGGUUCGCGGGCACUACUUCGAACGCAACGUUUCGGGAAGAACGGCGCAAAGGAUUAGAAGAAUACAUACAAGCUAUAAACAGCUCAGAAGACUCGCGAUGGCGUAACUCUACCGCGUGGCGCACGUUCCUAAAUCUCCCUCCCAGCAACGCAUCUACAAGAGCAUCAAACCUACAUUCAACUAUUACCGGCCCAGGAGCAGGAGCCCUAAUUACAGACCCUACCACUUGGCUAGACUGUCAUCGAGAUGUUAAGUCAUAUCUGCACGAUGCAAGGCUGCACCUGACUCGCCGAGACCAGGCUUCGACGCCUCAGAAACAGCACGAGUGUUCUGCUUCGGCAAAAAGCAGCCUUGUGAGAACGGGAACCCUAUUGGGAGCCUUAGAAGAAGGGCUGAAAAAUAUAUCGGGGAACUCUGCCUGGAGCGGCUCUAAGCUCGGGGAAGGGGAACUUCGGCGACGCAAAGACCUACUUACUAGCGCUAGAAAGGAGAAAGAUGCGUUGGACGAUUUGCUGAAUUCCAUGGUAGCUAAGAAUAAGCUGGACUCUGCCGUGGCUUCUAUACAAGAUAAACAGGCCCUUUUGGGUGUGGACGCAUCUACAGGGAAUAGGAAGCCUACGGCUAAAGGCGGUCGCGUUUUGGGGAAAGAGACUAAUCGUACAAGGGAGUUGGAUAAUGAGGGUGUAUUGCAACUACAGAAGCAAAUCAUACAGGAUCAGGAUUCCGGUGUCGAGGAAAUUAGGAAGAUUGUUGCCCGACAGAAGGAGCUUGGAAUCGCGAUUAAUAAUGAGCUGGAGCUUCAACUGGAGCUCUUGAAUGUGGUGGAUGAGGAUGCCGGAAAGUCAGUACUACCCAUGCACAUGCACAUCUCAUGUCUCCUUUUCGUAAAGCCAUAA